GCCUCCGCGGUCAGAGGCAGGCCAGCCUGGCCAUGAGACAGUCCUCCUGAAAGGCUUUGCCGUGGGGCGGGGGGCGGAGGUGGGAGACAAAGAUGUCGAAUCAGCUUUAAAGCUGCAGCCAGAAUUGGUGCUGGAAACAGGCGGGUCCUGGGUCAGCCCCGAACCGGCGGUCCAUUGGACGUUCAGGACCUCUCCUGCGCCGCUACCGCUGCUCUGGAAAAGACCCCAACCAGGAGCCCGUGGGCAGCGAAGGGGUUCGUAGAGGCCGCCGCCGGCGCAGCCUCGGUCACCCCUCUCGCGUUAGGUCAGGCUGCCUUCAGGAUGACAGCCCUGGACACCUUUCAAGGCAGGCCCUGCUUGUGGCUGCCAGUACUGCUGCUCUUGGGCUCUGGCCACAUUCCUGGGGUGACCGGUGAGACCCACUAUCAGCCUGGAGAUCCUGUCAUGCUGUAUGUCAACAAGGUGGGGCCUUACCACAACCCCCAGGAGACCUACCACUACUACCAGUUGCCUGUUUGCUGCCCUGAAAAGAUCCGACACAAGAGCCUUAGCCUGGGCGAAGUGUUGGAUGGUGACCGAAUGGCUGAGUCCAUGUAUCAGAUCCGCUUCAGAGAGAAUGUUGAGAAACGGACCCUCUGCCAGAUGCAGUUAACUUUUGCCCAGGUUGAGCGGCUGCGCCAGGCCAUUGAAGAAUUAUACUACUUUGAGUUUGUGGUGGAUGACCUGCCAAUUCGUGGCUUUGUGGGCUACAUGGAAGAGAGUGGUUUCCUUCCACAUAGUCACAAGAUAGGACUCUGGACUCACCUGGAUUUUCACCUUGAGUUCCAUGGGGAUCGAAUUGUCUUUGCCAAUGUCUCAGUUCGUGAUGUCAAGCCCCAUAGCCUGGAUGUGGUACGGCCUGAAGAGCCUCUGGACCUCACUCACACUUACAGUGUGCACUGGUCUGAGACUUCAGCAGAACGUCGGGGUGAUAGGCGCCAUGGUGAUGAUGGUGGCUUCUUCCCUCGAACACUCGAGAUCCACUGGCUAUCUAUUAUCAACUCUAUGGUGCUGGUGUUUCUUCUGGUGGGAUUUGUAGCUGUCAUCCUCAUGCGAGUCCUUCGUAAUGACUUAGCCCGCUACAAUUUGGAUGAGGAGCCAAACUCUGGUAGCUCCACUGAUGACUUUGACCAGGGUGACAAUGGCUGGAAGAUUAUCCAUACUGAUGUUUUCCGCUUUCCCCCAUGUCGUGGUCUACUCUGUGCUGUGCUUGGUGUGGGUACCCAGUUCCUGGCUCUUGGCACUGGCAUCAUCGUCAUGGCACUGCUGGGCAUGUUCAAUGUGCACCGCCAUGGCGCCAUCAACUCAGCAGCCAUCUUGCUGUAUGCCCUGACCUGCUGCAUUGCUGGCUAUGUGUCCAGCCACUUCUACCGGCAGAUUGGAGGCGAGCGCUGGGUCUGGAACAUCAUCCUCACCACCAGCCUCUUCUCUGUGCCUUUUUUCCUGACUUGGAGCGUGGUGAACUCAGUGCAUUGGGCCAAUGGAUCAACACAAGCGCUUCCAGCCACUACCAUCCUGCUGCUGCUAACAGUCUGGCUCCUGGUGGGCUUCCCUCUCACUGUCAUAGGUGGCAUCUUUGGUAAGAACAAUGCCACUCCUUUUGAUGCACCCUGUCGGACUAAGAAUAUUGCACGAGAGAUCCCACCCCAGCCCUGGUACAAGUCUACUGUUGUCCACAUGACCAUUGGUGGCUUCUUGCCCUUCAGUGCCAUCUCCGUGGAGCUCUACUACAUCUUCGCCACAGUGUGGGGCCGCGAGCAGUACACACUCUACGGCAUCCUCUUCUUUGUCUUCGCCAUCCUGCUGAGCGUGGGCGCCUGCAUCUCCAUCGCGCUCACCUACUUUCAGCUCUCAGGAGAGGACUAUCGCUGGUGGUGGCGCUCCGUGCUCAGCGUGGGCUCCACGGGCCUCUUCAUCUUCUUCUACUCCGUCUUCUACUACGCGCGGCGCUCCAACAUGUCGGGGGCCGUGCAGACAGUGGAGUUCUUCGGCUACUCCUUCCUCACGGCCUACGUCUUCUUCCUCAUGCUCGGCACCAUCUCCUUCUUCUCUUCACUCAAGUUCAUCCGCUACAUCUAUGUCAACCUCAAGAUGGACUGAGCUCCCAGCGAAGCCCGGGUCCCGGGCCCCUUUGCUGCUUGCGGCCCCUUCCCCGAGCCAUGUCGGGGGAAGGGACAGGACCCAGCAGCAGCCUGGCUCCAGCCCUCCCACCCCUGCUGUGUGCUCUUCGAGCCGGCCUCCUCCAAGCUCGGGGAAACCCCCACGACUCUAUAAAUAUCUAUAUAUAGAAGGACUUAUAUAUUAGAAUUUUUAAUUUUCUUUUCAUUUUGGUUCCAAUGGUUUUCUUUUUACAAUUGUCACAAUAAAGUUUGUUAAGAAAUCA